GUUCAUAAACACUUGCAACCUCCCCUCCCAAAGUCUACACUCAUCUUCGCAUUCAUCGUGCUUUCCCGCAGGUUAUCAUUGAAGAACAUUCACCGGAACCCCGCGGAACCAGGCCCGCUGGCAUUACGCACUCUCCCAAUCGGUUCCAGGGCUGAGUGCUCCCAAUCUUCGACCUGCGAUGGUGGGGCAGGAACAAUAGCCUCCCAUACAUACUUGACCUGCCAACCACUGAACCUCGCCUCCUAAUCAGCCCUCCGCGCAUACCCUCCGCAAUGCCGCUCCUCAAUCUUCGAGAACUUCUACAGUUCCCAGAAGGCGAUAAUUCAACAGACACAGUCCUCAAUGGCGUGCACUUCAACCUUACAGCCCUGAAAGAACACAACUACACAAUAUACAGUAACAACACCAUCUCAAACAACUCGAGAUGCUAUCUCAUAUUUGACAACUUCAAACCGCACAUGUUCAACAAUGGCAGUUGGGUCAACGCGACAACAUGCUACAUACCAUAUUACCACAUCCAUGGGCGCGGAAUCGCUAGCAUCGUGUUUGGGACGUUUUUCGCCAUCAGCAUCAUGUUCACAUUAGUGAACUUGCGAAAACACGGACGGCUAUACUUGCGAGAGAAUAAGCGGUUCAGGGUUGUUGGCAGGCGGUGGCAGUGGUACUGGAUGUGCUUCGUGGCUGCAUGCGGUUUGAUCAGCACCUUGACGGGUGUCGAUGUGGACCGGUAUUACUUGCAACAAAUCCCCAUUAUUCUGCAGAGCUUCUUCUUCGUGUUGAUGGUUCCGGGCACCCUGGCUAUGGUGUGGGAAGCUACCCGACACUGGGGCUCGUGGCAAGAACGACAGAUAGUCGAUCGCGAUCCAUUCCUCCUACCGCAAGACGACAAGCGCGCCAGAACCGAAUUCUGGCUUCCUUUGGUCUUCUACCUCUUCGCGUGGCUAAACUUCUUCAUGGUCAUUCCUCGGUCAUGGACUGCGAUUCAAAAACAAAACACACCAGAACAGAAAAAUGAUAUUGCCCGGCCCGCAUCGACAGGCCCACGAGAAAAGGCAGGCGCGAUACUAGCAGCCAUAGCAUGGUUCGUGAUAUGCUAUUCACUUCACCACUCUUUAAAACACUAUAAGCCACGCGCCACCGGGUUUUUCAACAGGAUUAAUUCGUUCUGCCAUUAUUGCCCUACAAAACUUUUCGCUGCCAUCGUUCUACUCGCGAUCCGGAUCGGAUAUGGAAUUGCAAGCGCCUGGGUCUGGGACCUCAGCAUAUUCCAGGACGAUGUUGUCGUUGGCUGGCCAUUUGGUCUUGGAUAUGGGUCAAUCCUGCUGAUCAUUGUCGUCUUCGAGGUCGCUGGUUUCAUGGAGCAAAACGAGGACCAAGUCAUCAUUCAGCAGCGGCAAGACCGCGGUCGUGUCGUUGAUGCAGAACUCGGCCUCGUCAAGAAACCAAACUGGUGGAGCCGGAACUGGGCUGAGCGCUAUCAGAAUGACGAUCAAAGGCUGCGCAACAUGACGACGGAAUUCGGAGGCGGAAGGCCGACCACGCGCCAGGCCCAGCAGAGCAUUGAGAUGGGGAACAUGAACAUUCGGAAUCGGUCCCGGGAUCGACCGCCAGAGGAUCCAUUCAGAGACCAAAGUCCUUCAGGCUCCCGACAAGCGUCCGUGGCUGGGAAUAGACUGACGGUAAGUCGGUUGGAUAGCGAUGUUGCAAGCACAACAACAAGUAAUUCUGAGGCCACAGGACUGACGGGACGGACUUUGACGUCUGAAAAUACUCAAAAUGUACCACCACAACGGAUCAGGAGCAUGUUGGAUGUGUGAGGGAUAGAGGGGACUAGAUUCGGGACUGGGCUUGGAAACGUCAUGCAUUCUAGCAAGGGGCUUGGAUUUGGACAUUCGCUGUAUACUGUUUGUUCGCUUCAACUGUACACUGUUUAGGGGGAGGGCAUUGGAUUAGGCCACGGCACUGGGAGACAAGAACAAAGUAUAAGAUAUAUUUACAGCAUGCAAAGUCUCGUCAUCCCCUCCCGGUUUCAGUGUCCGACGGGUGUGAUUAAGCGAUUGGCAACUGUGAGAAGUAGACCGUGGCUCACAACGGGUAUGAUGUCAAUUGAG